CUUGUUGGAUCAGAUGGGAUUGGGUUGUGCAUUGGAUACAUUAUGUGGCCAAUCAUUUGGAGCAAUGCAGUUUCACAUGCUAGGCAUACACACCCAAAGGGCUAUGUUUAUUCUUCUACUGACUAGCGCAUUCCUUUCUGUCAUUUGGGCAAACACAAAACCAAUUCUAAUUGUAAUGCACCAAAAUUCCGAGAUAUCAAAAGAAGCUGGAGUAUAUGCCACUUUAAUGAUCCCAUGUCUGUUUGCUUAUGGCCUUCUUCAGUGCCUAAUAAAAUUCCUACAAACCCAAAACAUUGUCUUCCCAAUGGUUCUGAGCACUGGAAUUUCAGCUUUAAUACACAUCCCUGUGUGUUGGAUUUUGGUAUUUAAAUCUGGGCUUGGAAGUAAAGGAGCUGCCAUAGCAAACUCUAUAUCAUGCUGGAUAAAUGUUUUAUUGAUGGCACUCUACAUCAAGUUCUCUUCUUCGUGCAAAGAAACUUGGACUGGCUUUUCGAAAGAGGCGUUGCACAAUCUGGCUGAGUUCCUUAAAAUAGCCAUUCCUUCAGCUCUUAUGCUUUGCCUGAAAGUGUGGUCGUUUGAACUGAUAAUUUUUCUCUCUGGGCUUCUUCCUAAUCCACAAUUAGAGACUUCAGUGCUUUCUAUCUGCCAAAACACAUUGGGACUGUUGUGGACGAUCCCUUUUGGACUCGGGGCUGCAGUGAGCAUCCGGGUUUCAAAUGAAUUGGGGGCAGGGAAACCAAAAGCAGCAAGAUUAGCCGUAAGGGUUGUCCUAGUCAUGGCCAUCACCGAGGGAAUGUUAGUUGGAUUGCUCAUGAUACUAUUACGUAACAUCUGGGGCCAUGUUUAUAGCCAUGAACAAAAGGUGGUUAAAUAUGUAGCGGUCAUGAUGCCAAUUGUUGCUCUUUCAAGCUUCCUAGAUGGGUUACAGGGUGUAAUUUCAGGCGUUGCAAGAGGUUGUGGUUGGCAGAAGAUAGCUGCAUAUGUCAAUCUUGGAUCUUUUUAUCUUGUAGGCGCUCCUUGUGCUGUCUUAUUUGCUUUUUUCUUCCACAUGAAAGGAAAGGGGCUCUGGCUGGGGCUUAUAUGUGCAUUUAUUGUGCAAGUGAUAUUCUUUCUUAUCAUUACCAUAAACUCUAAUUGGGAAAAGGAAGCAGAAAAGGCGGCGGAAAGAGUCAACGACUCCAAGAAUCCAAGUGGAGAAGACUUCGAGAGACCAAAAUGUUAAGCCUAUGUUAAGCCUAUAGCGGAUAGGUGGUGCAUUUUAUUAUUAUGAUUGUAAUGCUGACAGCACUAGCAUUAUAAAAACCCCCGAUUGCUAUUUUACCAUCCAACCAGCAAAUAAUCAGCAUUACCCCGAUUGCUA